CGCACUGAUCCUAGCGUAGUCGCAUCGCAUCCUUCUUCCGGUUUACGCCGGCCGUCACGCUCCCCGUUCUCCGCCACUCCACUCCACCUACCGCCCACCUCUCCAGUGCUCCGCCGCCCACCGGGCUCCAGUCCGCACGCACGGCACGACCACGACCUCGCCGCGAUGUCAUGGCUCGCGCGCUCCAUCGCGGCCACCCUCUCCUCCGCCCACUCAGACGACGAUGAAUCCGAGUCCGCCUCCGGCGACCAGAGCCCGCCGCGCGCAUCCGACCCCACCAGCGCUGACGCCGGGGAGUCCGACGAGCAGCCGGACACCCCGAGCCGCGGCGUCAAGGGCGACAUCUCGGAGCUGACCGAGUCCCUCACCCGCCAGUUCUGGGGCGUCGCUUCCUUCCUCGCGCCACCGCCAGUUAAGAGCGAGGCCGAUGAGAGGGAUGAGCAGGAGGAGGCAGCGGCGGCAGAGGGGCCUCAGUCGCCGCGGAUCGACGGGAUCCGGAGCGACCUGGCGGAGAUAGGCGGCAGGGUGAGGACUGGCAUCUCGAUGCUGUCGAACGCCGGCGCCGUGGCGGAGAUCUCCAGGAUCGCGUCCUCGCUCCUGCCGUUCGGGUCCGGGGAGGAGGAGGGACAGGAGGAGGGAGAGGCGGUCGGCGUGACAGAGGAGGUGGUGGUGUUCGUGAGUCACAUCUCGAAGCAUCCGAAGACGUGGCUCGAUUUCCCCUUGUUCGCCGACGACCGCCACGCGGAUGAUUUUGAACUGUCAGAAGCACAGUAUGGACAUGCAGUGGCUAUUGAGCAUCUUGUGCCAAGCCUGUCCUACCUCAGGACUGAGCUUUGCUCUACCAUUAUGAGUGAAGCAUGCUUUUGGAAGAUCUAUUUUGUGCUUCUACAUUCGAAACUCAACAAGCAAGAUGCUGAAAUUCUUUCAACACCACAAAUCCUGGAAGCAAGGGAAGAAUUAUUGCAAAGUUCACCAACAAAGAACAAUCCAUCAUCAGAAAACAUGAGUGCUCCCUCUACACAACCUGAAGAUAGCACACUGUCGCCCUCCAGCAUCCAAAAUGAGAGUAGUAUGUCUGAAGCACCAUCGGUCCAAGAACCAACUUCUGAUCCCGUGCCAAAUGUUGAGGCUGAAAAGCAUCCAAUUUCAACCACUGACACAGAAGUGAUUGAUAAGUCUGUAAUUCAAGAAGAGCUGGUGGUGAAAACUGAGGUCAAGAGUUUACCCACAGAGAAGUCUAACCCCAACCUCGUAGAGGAUGAUGAUGAAAAAGAAGUAGAUGAUUGGCUACAGGAUAUGGACCCUGUGCCCAGCAAAACAGGCAACACCGCUCCAGCAGGUGAGGAGGAAGAUGUAUCCUUCAGUGAUCUAGAGGAUGACUGAGGGACUGGACUGCUCAUAUGCAAUCAACUAUUGGAGCUAGAUGGUGGCUUCAUGAAGAACACUAGCUGCUACCUAAAAAUAGUAAAGUUCAUAGCUCUGUGGCUGCGUGACAUCCUAGUUUCGGGAUCGAAGUAGCAGCAACGCAGAAUCAGGAUAACAAUGCCUCUGAGGCAUCCUCGUUGUAUGUUGAUGCAUCUACAAAGUCAGUUUUUCUCUGUACAUAAAGUUCCACACGUUGUUCUGCUUUCCUGCUGUACCAGCGCCCCUGCAUACUGCUGUUGGUUUGGGAUUCCAAAUGUAAUACAUUAGAACCAUCCAUAGCUGUCAAA